CACGUAUAUAAACUGAGCAAAAGAACACCACAUCAAUCAUCCAACACUCACUUGUCACACAAGCACAAACAAUCAUCACAAAAGAUAUCCGAAAAGCCAAGUAAUCAAACAAGCUACUUUUCAUACCUCCAAACAACUCAAUCACCACAUAAAAACCUACCCAACACAAAAACCAAAACAACAAUGUCUUCAAACAACAACGGUGCUGCUGGCGGUGCUCAGCUCCUCACUGGCAUCCUCGGUAACACAGUCUCUGGCCUGACCAACACCGUCGGCGGCGUCGUCGGCGCUGCGGGCCGUGGUGUCGGCGAGACGGUCAACGGUGUUACGGGCGGCGUCGGCAGACCCCUCGGUGACGGCAUCACAAACCUGACUGGUGGCCUUGAGAAUGCGACCGGCUCCAUUGCCAAGGGCGCACGCGACGCCGGACAGUGGAAGAGCCCUCGCAACUGAUUUUCUUGUUGAGACUAUUAUUUGACACUGUAAUCUUUGAGAACUUUCUUUUUUGUAUUUUUGCCCUUUUAUUUUCUGUCUUGAGGGAAGGUUGAAGGAGGAAGCUUUUUUUUUUUUGGCCUUUGCAAUGAGUCCAUAUCUAUGGUGGUUUUCAGGGAGGCAUGUGUAUCGGCAACAGGAGCUCUUGAAAAUAAUGAGACUAUGAACAUUAUAACGAAAUCGCGACUGACCAUCUUGAAUCGUGCAUACCAAUGAAACAAAUGGCGACAGUACCUAGUCUCAUUAUUGCAGGAUGUAGACAAUAAACAUACAAAUAAUCAGC